AUGGAACAAUUGAGAGCCCCAUUCUCGCAAAGGAAUAGUUCAACCAUGUACUACACACUCAGUAUCAUUCUUGGAACUGUGGCUUUCUCAUAUGGUUCUGUGCCAUUUUAUAAAAUGAUCUGCCAAACUACAGGAUGGGGUGGGCAACCGAUCAAAGCCCCUGGACACGGCGGUAGUGGUGUAGAAGGAGAAGAUCCCUCCGAACGUCUCAGACCCGUCACCUCCGCAAAACGUAUACGAGUAACCUUCAAUGGAUCCGUGUCGGACGUUCUACCUUGGAAAUUCACACCACAACAGAGAGAGGUUCGAGUUUUACCGGGAGAAACCGCAUUGGCAUUUUAUACCGCUACGAAUAAAUCCGAUGAGGAUAUAAUUGGGGUGGCUACCUAUAGUGUGACGCCUGGACAAGUGGCUCCGUAUUUUAGCAAGAUUCAAUGUUUUUGUUUCGAGGAGCAAAGGUUGAAUGCCGGGGAAACGGUGGACAUGCCUGUGUUUUUUUAUAUUGAUCCGGAUUUUGUUAAUGAUCCAAACAUGAGGGGAAUUGAGCAAGUUACUUUGAGCUAUACGUUCUUCAAGGCUAGAUAUGAUAAAAAUGGACAUCUAAAGGCUAUGCCUGUUGGUAUGUAA